UUGUGCCCACCUGUCUUCAGGCAGAUACUAGACGGGGGGGGAUUUUCGAAAAAUUAUUAAUCUUUAUUUUAACUUUUUUUUUUUUUUUUUGCCAAAUUCGAUUGACGAUAUAGUUUUUUUUGUGUAGUAGCUUCCAAAACAGUCCCAAGGUCUGUGAGUGAUGUGUAUUUUCAAGAAAAAUAAGUAUGGUGUUUGUAUUGUCUGGCUUCUUCAGGGAGUUGUCUUUAUCCUGAUGGAGGGCUCUUGAUCCAAGGAAUUGGACUUGUCCUCCCCUUCCUCGUAUAGAACCUAAUUGUCUAUCAUUCCCGAGGCAUUGUAUAACCGUCAGGGUUUAAUGCUUUCUCUUAAAUAUAAUUUUAAUAAUUUUUUUUUUUUGCAUUGUAAACUCAUAGAUGUAAAUAAAUAAUUUGAUUUAGCUACACAUAAAUACAGUUACAAAAAUUAUCAUAUAUAGCAUCACAUGUGUGCAUUACCCAGGAUAACUUAAAAAAUACUCUGUUUACCUUAUUCCAAAUAUACUAUAUACGUAUCCUCUUAUUAUAGUGCUGUAUGUCCCUUGUGGGUUUAGUGCAUAUUUUAUUGUAAUUGAUUUUCACACAGUUGAGUUAUUUAGCAGUUUUAACUUUUAAAGUUUAAAUAAUAAGAUAUUACUAGAACCCCAAUGGGAAUAAAUCACUUUUAACUUUUUUGGGUUAUCCUGGUGGGAAAUUUACUUAUGUGUGAUAAUUUGUGUAACUGUAUUUAUGUGUCCAUGUAUCAAAAUAACAUCUUUGACCCUGAUGGGUUUAGCACUCGGUUUUUAUUAUAAUAUUAAUAAUGUACCUAAAUAAACCUACUUUAUAGAUUCUUGGAAAUAAAAAAAAGUCGUAACUAUAAUCGUAAAUUAUAGUUCCCCACCACUACUGGGCUCGACUCUGGCAUUAAUUUAAGUUUUAUAAUACCCUAGUGGGUUUAGUGCUUGUUUUUGAUUAUAAUAUAUUUUACAAUACAUACAACUUACGUACUCCACAGAAUAAGUAUUUCUUUUGCAGAUUGUUUUGUGGAACAUAUUUGUGAAUUGCAGUAGUUCAUUAAUUUUAGUUGUGCAGCAUAUCUGAGGCAAUCAACACUUUGUAUUAAGUCGUGUCAUGUGCCUGGGUGAAUGUAAACGAAGAUGGCAGAGAAGUGGGAUGACAGUGCGAAUGAUUCGCCAGAAGUUGUGUAUGAAGGUUUCUCAUCAGCAUCGACUCACCCACAAAGGAUGAUCAACACAGCAGGCAGUUCCUUUGUUGCAACAGAUGGCAGUGAAGAUGGGCCUCUUGGACGUUCUGCAGCUUCCUUUAUGCACACAACAAGCAUCAUUGAAAAUCAAGGCGAAGGAUCACAUCAUGAAGAAAUUGAAAGAAACCGUCUAUGUUUUGUGUGCUGUAACCCUGUAUCUGAUAAAAACUUUGAAUCAGUGAAAGCAUCCAUGAAUCAUUCACACGCCCCAUUGCUGGUGUUACUCACUGAUGUCCUUGGUUAUAAACUUGAGGAUGGCAGACUUCACUCACAGGUUGUCUGCAAAGCAUGUUAUCACCUACUUGAUAUUAUUGAUGAGUUGCAGCAGACUCUCACAGAAUCGAAGACUGAUGUUCGCACUAAGUUUUUAGAAACCAUUCAGAAGCUCAAGCUAAAAUAUCCUAGAACUGACAAGAUGCUGAAACCAAGAUGCCUUCGCUGUAUUCAGAUGUCACAAACUACGGCCCGAAAACGUGGAAGAGGGAGAAGUUGGAAAGGCCGAUCUGAUGAUAUUGGUCGGGGUAAGGGGCGUAGCCGCGGGAAGGGAAGAGCAAUAGCAAGACCAGAAGAUGGACAUGUCAGUAGUGAUAAUGAUGCUGAUGGUCAGGGAGUCUCUGGACAAGAGGUAAUCAAAGAUGUACUGCCAUCAAAGUCACACCAGCCUUGUUCAUACCACGAUGAUAUUGAACUCAAUAAUAUUUCCAAAACGAGAGUAACAAGUGGAAGUUGUCAAUCCGGCAUGGAUAGUAACUUGUGCAAUGACUCUUGUGUUGGGAUUUUGAAAGCUCAAAAACUUAUCCCCAAUAGGAAAGAAGAGCAAGUAAAGCAGGUAAAUGGUGAGCCACUUGAUUCACCAGACAGCGUUGAUUCUGUGUAUAGUCAGAUUUUGCCAUAUAGCCCAAAGAAUAUUACUCAGUAUAAGUCCACUGAAGCCACAGAUGUUUGUGAGAAUCAUUUAGACUUGCUGUGUACUGACUGCUCACAUCUUCAGUUUUACGAGUGCUGUCAUUGUAAUGAAAGAAAUUCUGAAGUGAUUUAUCAAUAUUGUGAAACCUGUUUUGUUUGUUAUGGAACAUUUAUACCAUGGGGCUAUAAUAUUAAUGUAGAAUUCAUUGGUGAAAGAUGUUAUAUAUGGGAUCUGAAAGUCCAGAAUCACCUUAAUCAAGGAAAAAUGCAUCUCGUUAGCCAAAGUUCCAAGUAUGCUAAGUCUACUCUUAGAAGUGGAAAAAUCAGUGGCAUAAGUGAGAUUAAGUCUGAAAAUAAUGCUAAGGAAAAUGAUCAAACCAGCUGUAAAACAGUGAGUACUCAAGAGAGCCAAAAUUUUAAUAUAGAUAAUAACAAUAUGGCUCAUGUUUUGCCAACUUUUGAAGAUACAUCAACCAAUGAGGUUGUGCUUACUCGUGUUAAAGAGGAAACAUGCUCUGACAGCACUGAUGAAAAUAUUUCCACAGGAGAUGUACUUAAUGGAAUUGUAGGUGUUGAGGAGAUUGUAAAUGAACAAAAUAAAAAAGGAAGAAUUUGUGUUAAAAGAAGCAUGUUAGAGGAAAAGGAAAGUAGUGAAAAUAUAGAUAAUGGUAAUUCUUUGUUUAAAAGUAAGAAUGUUUGUGACAUGGUAGAGAGUGAGAAGAUAUUUGACUCUGAUAUUGAAGUUAAUGUUAAUACUUCUUUACCAAAAAACAGCUUUCUUUCCCUUUCAUCAGCUUCCAGUGCAUUGUCAGGAAUGCCAGAUGUAAGUAACACUCUUUCAGAUACAAAUAGUAUUGUAUGCUCAACACGUAAGGAUGUUGUACAAACAGACUUGGAGAAUUCGUAUAUUGUUGUCAAUGAAACACUCCUCCUGGGCCAAGAUUCAAAUGAAUCCAGUCCAAAAGAUUUUGUAUCUAAUUGUAUAUAUUAUAAAGAGAGUGAAGACUUCAAGCCAAUAAAUUCAGAUACAGAAGUGCCAGAAACUCUGAAAGGUACAAAAAUGCUUUCAGAGUCACUUAAAGUCGGCAGCAGGCACCAAAGGUUGCAAGAGUCAUCUGACGAAUCAAGUGCCACACGAGACAGAAAGACUUUAGCUGAUUUAUUCGCGGGAAUUUCAAAUCAUCCCUCUUUAGGAAAGCGGACAAGAAAACUCUCAGAAAAGGCAAGAGAAAUUAUUGCGGUUGAUUUAGAUACUCUUGCUAUUGAUAAAAAAUCUAAGAAAAACAUUAGGAUAACAAAGAACGUAUAUAAGGUUAAUUUUGGAGAUGCUAAAAGCAUUAAUAAGAUUAAUGCUCAUGACUGCAAAUUCAUUUGUGAAUACUGUGGCAAAAAGUUCAUCUCAGCUGGAGGUUUUCGUUACCAUGUAGAUAGUCAUGAGGUGGACAAGCCUAAAUUGUAUUCUUGUAACUUCUGCAUUUAUAGAACUCGAAGACAAGCAGAUCUUAGGAAACACAGUGUUAUCCAUACAGGGGAACGGCACUAUAAGUGUGAAAUUUGUGGUCAAGAGUUUACUGUUAACAGUUCAUACAAAAGACAUCAAAGAAUUCAUAGUGGAGAAAAGCCAUACAAAUGUACAACAUGCGGGAGAGAUUUUCGAAAUAGUGGUACACUAAAGCAACACAUGGUUAAACACACAGGAGCCAAGAAUUUUGUCUGUGAAAUUUGUGGUAACAGUUUUAGCCUACGACAUCAUUAUACAACUCACCGAAAACUUCAUAGUGGUGAAAUGCCAUUUAAGUGUAUUUAUUGUGGGACUGCCUUCCGAAAUCAUGGCGCAUUAAGACUUCACCGCAAGAAGAAUCAUCCCAAAGAGGAAGCUAAUAGACUAAAGCAGCUGAAAUUAAAAAGGACAAUAGUGAGAGAGGAAGUUGUCGUCCGUGCUUCUCCAAAAGUUAUUCAUAAUUCUUUAGAUGUUUUAGAGCAGGCUAUGGCUGCAACUGUUGAUCCUCUUAAUUAUGAAUAUGUAAAUUCUUAUACCCAGACCUUACCAGACCUUGGUGAAGAAUCUGUGUCAGUCAUCUCUGAAAUCAUUACCGAGAAACAUUCUAAAAAAGACUCUGUUGUCUUAGCUAUUACUCACUUAGAAGAGGGAAGAAUUUCUGUUAAUAAAAGUGACAGUAAAUCAUGUAUAAAUAGUGAAGAAUCUGCAACAGAAUUACACGAACGAAAUGCAGCUUUAGUGACUGUAGGUGACUGUAAAGAGCCUAAAAUGCAUCAGAGCAUUAAAGUGCUCCCAGGUUCAUUUUGCUCAGAAGAAAAUGUUGAUGACCCUCAAGAAUUUAUGGUGUUAAAGAGGGAUGAACAAUCAGUGGAGGCUGGGAAACCAAACAGCAUUGAAGUGGUGAACAACAGCAGGAGUGGAGCAUCACAGAUGUACAUAAUGUUAUCAGAUGCACAGGCACAAGACUCUCACUUAUAUAUUGUAGUGGAGAAUAAUGCUCAAGCACCUACCUAAUUUAUUGGCAGCGAGAUGUAUGGUAGCUGAAUUCUGAUAAUGUUAACAGGUGAAGUCUUCAGGGUACUGCACAUUGACUCUUGGUCAUAAUCUGUUAUUUGACACUAACUUUAAGUUUGAGGCAUGACCAAGUUUGUUUAAAAGUUAUUUAUGAUAUUCCUUAAUGAUACUCCUCAUCAUAUGUGUGAUAAAAUCAUAAUUGUAUAUAGAGACAGAAAUUAAUUACCAAGAGUUGUAAAUUUAAGAAGUUUUUCUCAGCAUCUUAGCUAAAAUGUCUUAAAAUUAAAUAAAAAAAAUACACUUAUGAAAUUUUUAACUCUGUGGCAUUCACACUUCACUGUUUAUAUUUCUUUAGUUCUCACCCAAUUGUGCAUCCCUUUUCUACUACCACCAUUCAGUGGUGAUGCUUUGAUUCUAGUGAAGGGCUCUUGAUCAAAAGAUUUGGAGCUACUCUUCCUGUUGAUCAAACCUGAUUACUUUCCAUUUCUUACAGGAUUAGUGCUCCCCCAUGAAUUAAAUAAUAGUAAUAUGAUACAAUGAAUGGCCCAUAUUGGUUUAGUGCUAUUUAGGAGCCCUUGAUUCAAUGGCCUUUGGAAAUCUAGGGCAAAAUUCCCUGUGUUAGUUGAUACUGAAAUGAAGGACAAUGUUCUUUGGUUACAGAAUUAUUCAUUAUUGUUAUGAUCUUGAUAAAACACUUCCACCUGUAUCCAUCACAACUUUACUGACUACCCUUGCCCUAUCAUUAAUUUGUUAAAUUGAGGGAUUAUUAAUAAAUGUAGGCAAACAAGAUGUGACUACCAGUAUAUAGUGUAUAAGCUUAUACAGUACAAUACAAUGCAAGUAUAGGUGAACCUCACUUGAUAUAGAUUCAUUCCAAAUUCAGGGCAACUGUGCUAAACCCAAUCAGGCCAUUAACACAAUUCCCCAUAAUUCAUAGGGCUGAAGAGGGGUUGUUGAGGUAAUUUGUUCUUGUAGAAAGGAUGGAGAGGAUUGGGAUGACAGAGGGUGUAUAAAUCUGAGGUGGAAGGUAGGAGGGGUAGGAUUGUCCAAGGAACAUUUGGAGGGAGGGGGUAAAAGAGGCUUUUGAGUUUUAGGGGCUUGAGCAUCCAGCAGAUUUGUGUGUGUUAGGAUUGAAUGGAGGCAAGUGGCUUUUAAUGGAUGUGCUGUUGGAGUGUGAGCAAUGUAAUUUUUGUGAAGGGAUUCAGGGAAACCUGUUAGCCAGACUUGAGUCCUGGAGAUGAAAAUGAUAGUGACUGUAUUCUAACAGAGACGUAGGGAAGUUGCAGUUGGAGGUUGUUGUAAUCUGAAUUGUGAUGUCAGCACACUUCUGGCAAGACAACACUUGAAAGAAUAAGUGGUUGUGUUUUCCUCUUUGGGUCACUUUGCCUUCAUUGAAGACAUCUGUGGAAUUCCUGAUAGAAAUUGGGGUUUGCAUAGUAGCAAUUUAUCAUUAAGCAAAUCAUCAUAAAGUGAGGGAAAACCUGAAUGUGAAAAUGGGUAAUAUGAAAAUGGUUGUUCCUCAAGGGUGGCUUUGUAUGAAGUUGCCAACUGAUUUUUCCAGAAAGUUCCUUUUCUGUAAUCUUGUAUAAUAACCUUAAAAGCAAAAAUCAUAUUUAUACAUUUAUCUUUCUUUAACAGUUCAGUAUUGUUGUAUUAUACCAUUUUUUGUUUCAUAACCCAUGCACAUAUAAACUUGAAACAAACUCAUAUAGCCCAACAACCAAUACAGGGACACUGUAUUUCAGUGAAACUCACUAUACUGUAUUACAGUACUUCAUUAUAUCUAAUAGUUUUGUGCAUGGCUUUCAAAAGUUAGCAUUUACAUACAGUGUAAAUCUUUUUAUGGAUGUGUGUACAGAAAUUGUUGACAAGUAAAAUAAAACCAUGUUCAUUUCAUAUUUAAAAAAAAAAGAUAUAUAUAUAUUUUUUUUUUUUUUUUUUUUUUUCAAUAAGUCGGCCGUCUCCCACCGAGAAAAAGAAAAAAAGAGAAAAAGGUAGCUUACGAGAGGUUUUUACAAAGCAGAAGUGUUAUAAGAAGAGCAGAGUAUAUGGAGAGUAAAAGAAAGGUGAAGAGAGUGGUGAGAGAGUGCAAAAGGAGAGCAGAUGAAAGAGUGGGAGAGGCACUGUCAAGAAAUUUUAAUGAAAACAAGAAAAAAUUUUGGAGUGAGUUAAACAAGUUAAGAAAGCCUAGGGAAAGUAUGGAUUUUUCAUU